AUGAGUUUCAAAGGGUUUACAAAGGCUGUGGCGAGAGCGCCUCAGUCAUUUCGUCAGAAGUUUAACAUGGGAGAGCAGGUUGAGGAUCCGGUGUAUGAAGAUGCAGAGCGUCGGUUUAAGGAGUUGGAAACUGAAGUUAAGAAGCUGAGUGAUGAGUCAAAGAGGUAUUCCGGUGCGGUUAAUGGCAUGCUAACACAUCAAAUCGGGUUUGCUAAGGCAAUGGAGGAGAUUUUCAAGCCCAUAAGCGGUAAGAUGAGUGACCCUAACGCUGCGGUUCCUGAGGAUAAUCCGGAAGGUAUAGAAGCGUGUGAGCAGUAUCGGGCUAUUGUGGCAGAAUUGCAAGAGGUUUUGAAACCUGAUUUAAAAUUGAUCGAUGAAAAGAUUAUACUGCCUUGUGCCGAUUUGCUAAAGACCAUUGGGUGCAUUCGUAAGAUGGCUACUAAGAGAAACCAUAAGAAACUAGAUCUAGACAGACGCUACAACAAUUAUAAGAAGUACGAGAGUAAGGAUAAUCCAAACCCUAAGGAUGAGGAGAGAAUGUUCAAGGCUCAGGCGGAGAUGGAAGCAGCACAACAAGAGUACGAUUACUAUAACGAGAUGUUGAAAACACAAUUACCAGUACUUUUCGGCCUUGAAGCUCAGUUCGUGCAACCACUCUUUGUCUCUUUCUACUUCAUGCAACUAAACAUUUUUUACACACUUUACAACAGAUUCCAGGAGAUGAAGAUACCCUAUUUUGAUUUGACCACCGACAUCCUGGAAGCGUUCCAGUUCAAGAGAGGUAAUGUCGAGGAACAAUGUGAUGCCCUAACCAUCACGCGGUUCAAGUUGGGAUAUUCUAAGGCUAAGCUAGAGAUGACCAGAAAGCGUUAUGGAUCCCAAUCACCAACUUCCACGGGCGGACCUUCUCAAACUGGGUACCCUGCUAGUCCAACUUCACCUACUGCUUAUAAUGCUGCUCCUGGUGCAUAUGGCGCCGGUGCCCCCGGUGCAUUUGGCGCUGGUGUUCCUGGCGCGGGUGUUCCUGGUGCUGGUGUUCCUGGCGCCGGUGCAUAUGGUGCGGCAGCUGGUGCUGUCGCCGGUGCUGGUGCAUACGGUGCUGCAGCUCCCGGGGCAUACGGCAUGCAGUCACCCACAGCUACCGGAUUCCAACAAUCCCCAACAACAGCGGGCUCCUACGGCCAGUCAGCUCCGCCACCUGCCUACUCUAUGUCUACCGCAACCACCGCUCCACCAGCGGCCAACACGGUCACUGCUCUCUACGACUACCAGGCGCAGGCCCCAGGUGACCUUUCCUUUACUGCCGGUGCUGUCAUCGAAGUGGUUCAACGGACAGACGAUCCCAACGAAUGGUGGACCGGUCGCUACAAUGGCCAACAGGGUGUCUUCCCGGGCAACUACGUCCAAGUGAACAAGAACUAA